AUGUCUGCUCCAGCUGAAAAUUACAAAGUUGCUGAUAUCUCUUUAGCUGCCUUUGGUAGAAAAGAAAUCGAAUUGGCUGAACAUGAAAUGCCAGGUUUAAUGGCUAUCAGAAAGGCUUAUGCUGAAUCUAAACCAUUACAAGGUGCUAGAAUUGCCGGUUGUUUGCACAUGACCAUCCAAACCGCUGUUUUGAUUGAAACUUUGGUUGAUUUGGGUGCUGAAGUCACUUGGACUUCUUGUAACAUUUACUCUACCCAAGAUCAUGCUGCUGCUGCUAUUGCUGCUUCUGGUGUCCCAGUCUUUGCUUGGAAGGGUGAAACCGAAGAAGAAUACAUGUGGUGUAUCGAACAACAAUUGUUUGCCUUCAAGGAUAACCAAAAAUUGAACUUGAUCUUAGAUGAUGGUGGUGAUUUGACCACUUUUGUCCAUGACAAAUACCCAGAUAUGCUAGAAGGUUGUUUCGGUUUAUCUGAAGAAACCACCACCGGUGUCCACCACUUGUACAGAAUGGUCAGAGAAGGUAAGUUGAAGGUCCCAGCCAUCAACGUUAACGACUCUGUUACCAAAUCUAAAUUCGACAACUUGUACGGUUGUAGAGAAUCUUUAAUCGAUGGUAUUAAGAGAGCCACCGAUGUCAUGUUGGCUGGUAAGGUCUCCGUCGUUGCUGGUUACGGUGAUGUCGGUAAAGGUUGUGCUGCUGCUUUAAGAGGUAUGGGUUCCCGUGUCAUCGUCACUGAAAUCGAUCCAAUUAACGCUUUGCAAGCCGCUAUGGAAGGUUACCAAGUUGCUACCAUGGAUGAAGUUGCCUCCAUCGGUCAAGUUUUCGUUACCACCACCGGUUGUAGAGAUAUCAUCAACGGUGCUCAUUUCGAACAAAUGCCAGAAGAUGCUAUCGUCUGUAACAUUGGUCACUUCGAUAUCGAAAUUGAUGUUGCUUGGUUGAAGGCUAACGCUAAGGAAUGUGUCAACAUUAAACCACAAGUUGACAGAUACUUGUUGAACUCUGGUAGACACAUCAUCUUGUUAGCUAACGGUAGAUUAGUUAACUUGGGUUGUGCUACUGGUCACUCCUCUUUCGUCAUGUCCUGUUCUUUCUCUAACCAAGUCUUGGCUCAAAUUGCUUUGUUCAAGGCUGAUGACAAGGCUUUCAGAGAAAAGUACGUCGAAUUUGAAAAGACUGGUCCAUUUGACAUUGGUGUUCACGUUUUACCAAAGAUUUUGGAUGAAGCUGUUGCCAAGUUCCAUUUGGACAAAUUGGGUGUUAAGUUGACUACCUUGACUGGUGCUCAAUCCGAAUACUUGGCUAUUCCAAAGGAAGGUCCAUUCAAGGCUGACCACUACAGAUACUAG